AACAACUGAUCACGGGCAAGGAAGAUGCUGCCAAUAACUAUGCCCGUGGUCAUUACACAAUCGGCAAGGAGAUCGUCGAUCUUGUCCUCGACCGUAUUCGAAAGCUUGCUGACCAAUGCACAGGCCUCCAGGGCUUUCUGAUUUUCCAUUCGUUUGGUGGCGGUACCGGCUCUGGUUUUACUUCACUUCUGAUGGAGCGUCUAAGUGUCGACUAUGGCAAGAAGUCGAAGCUUGAGUUCUCGGUUUACCCGGCACCUCAAAUUUCGACUGCUGUCGUCGAGCCUUACAACUCGAUCCUCACAACACACACGACGUUAGAGCACUCGGAUUGCGCGUUCAUGGUUGACAACGAGGCUAUAUAUGACAUCUGCAGGCGCAACCUUGACGUUGACCGCCCAACAUAUACCAACCUAAAUCGCUUGAUUGCCCAGAUAGUCAGUUCGAUCACUGCUUCUCUUCGCUUCGAUGGUGCUCUAAAUGUCGAUCUAACUGAGUUCCAGACCAAUCUGGUUCCUUACCCUAGGAUCCAUUUCCCCCUGGCUACUUAUGCACCGGUGAUUUCUGCUGAAAAGGCAUACCAUGAGCAGUUGAGUGUAGCCGAGAUCACUAAUGCCUGUUUUGAGCCCGCCAAUCAAAUGGUGAAGUGUGAUCCUCGGCACGGGAAGUAUAUGGCCUGUUGCAUGCUUUAUCGCGGUGACGUUGUCCCUAAGGAUGUGAACGCUGCGAUUGCCACGAUAAAGACAAAGCGCAGCAUUCAGUUUGUCGAUUGGUGCCCAACAGGCUUCAAAGUUGGAAUCAACUACCAACCGCCGACUGUUGUGCCUGGUGGCGAUCUGGCCAAGGUGCAGCGUGCCGUCUGUAUGUUAAGCAACACUACAGCAAUUGCGGAGGCCUGGGCUCGCCUUGAUCACAAGUUCGAUCUGAUGUAUGCCAAGCGUGCUUUCGUACAUUGGUACGUUGGCGAGGGCAUGGAGGAGGGCGAGUUCUCCGAGGCUCGCGAGGACUUGGCUGCUCUCGAGAAGGACUAUGAAGAAGUCGGCCUUGAUACUGUUGAAGGUGAAGGGGAAGCUGAGGGCGAAGAGUUUUAA